GAGAAAAUCUCAGAGCCCUAAGUGCACUCGGUGGAAACUGCAACAAGCUCCUCCAAAAACCCAGAAGUCUUCGUCGUCUCUGAGUCUUCUGAUACUAAUCGACGGAGGAUCUAUUCAUCGGAUAGAUCCGAACCCAUUUUCAAUCACCAAUGGGGACCCAUUUCAGAUCUGGGUUCUGGGUUUUGGUGGUUCUGGCUUGUGCAAGCCUGUGUUGGAAUGGUUCGGUUGUAGCUGAUAAUCGUCGACCCAAGAACGUGCAAGUGGCGGUUCGGGCCAAAUGGUCUGGCACCCCACUUCUUCUGGAAGCUGGUGAGUUACUAGCUAAAGAAAGGAAAGAUCUAUUUUGGCGGUUCAUUGAGGUCUGGCUUAGUGCUGAGAAGGAUGAUGCUGAUUCUUUUACAGCUAAAGAUUGUCUUAAAAAAAUUGUAAAAUAUGGACACUCUCUUUUAAGUGAAUCGCUGGCAUCAUUGUUUGAAUUUUCUCUUACUCUUAGAUCAGCAUCCCCAAGAUUGGUGCUUUAUCGGCAAUUAGCAGAGGAAUCUCUUUCGUCUUUUCCCCUGACAGAUGAGAGUAACCCUAACAACAUUGGUGGGGGAACUUCAGAGAUAAAUGAAAACAUGGAAACUAAAAAAUUAGAUCCUUUCCUUGUUGGUGUAAACCCGAAAAGCCCUGGUGGAAAAUGUUGUUGGGUGGAUACUGGUGGGUCACUGUUCUUUGAUGGGGCAGAAUUGCUUUUAUGGCUUCGCAGCCCUACUGAAUCGGGUUCAUUUCAGCCGCCUGAACUUUUUGAUUUUGAUCACAUCCAUUUUGGUUCAAGUGUUUCAAGCCCAGUUACGAUUUUGUAUGGAGCUCUGGGAACUGAUUGCUUCAGGGAAUUUCAUGUCAUCUUAGCAGAAGCUGCCAAAGAGGGAAAAGUUAAAUAUGUUGUUAGACCUGUAUUACCUUCUGGAUGUGAAACAAAGAUUGGCCAUUGUGGUGUUGUUGGUACAAAAGAUCCCUUAAACUUGGGUGGCUAUGGUGUUGAACUUGCUUUGAAGAAUAUGGAAUAUAAGGCUAUGGAUGACAGUAUGAUAAAGAAAGGUGUCACGUUAGAGGAUCCUCGGACUGAAGAUCUUAGCCAAGAAGUUAGAGGGUUCAUAUUCUCUAAAAUUCUGGAACGCAAACCUGAGCUGUCAUCUGAGAUAAUGGCUUUUAGGGAUUAUCUCUUGUCAUCAACAAUAUCAGAUACUCUUGAUGUUUGGGAGCUAAAGGAUUUAGGACAUCAAACUGCACAGAGGAUAGUUCAUGCCUCUGAUCCUCUGCAGUCAAUGCAAGAGAUCAACCAAAAUUUCCCUAGUGUAGUUUCUUCCUUAUCUCGCAUGAAGCUCAAUGAUUCAGUUAAAGAUGAAAUAAUUGCAAACCAGCGAAUGAUCCCACCUGGAAAAUCAUUAAUGGCUCUGAAUGGUGCUAUAAUCAAUAUUGACGAUAUUGACCUUUAUCUGCUAAUGGACAUGGUUCAUCUGGAGCUAUCAUUAGCUGAUCAAUUUUCAAAAUUGAAGAUUCCUCAAAGCACUGUUCAGAAGCUCCUAGCAACUCAACCUCCUCCUGAGUCAAAUAUGUUUCGUAUUGAUUUCCGCUCGACCCAUGUUCAUUAUCUCAAUGACUUGGAGGAGGAUGCCAGGUACAGGCGAUGGCGAAGCAAUAUAAAUGAGAUCUUGAUGCCAGUUUUCCCUGGCCAAUUACGUUACAUCCGCAAGAAUUUGUUCCAUGCAGUUUAUGUUCUUGAUCCUGCCUCAGUUUGUGGACUUGAGUCUGUUGAUAUGAUUAUAUCCAUGUAUGAAAACAAUCUCCCAAUGAGAUUUGGAGUAAUACUGUAUUCUACAACAUUCAUCAAGAUGGUUGAAAUGAGUGGUGGUGAACUCCAAGUUUCCAAAGUGGAGGAUGGUCAAGUUGAGGAGGAUAUAUCCAAUUUGAUUAUACGCCUGUUCAUUUAUAUUAAGGAGGACCAGGGGACUCAAAUGGCUUUCCAGUUUUUGAGUAAUGUAAACCGUUUAAGGACUGAAUCAGAAGAUUCUUCAGGUGCUCUUGAAGUUCACCAUGUGGAAGGAGCAUUUGUAGAAACACUAUUACCAAAGGCAAAAACUCCACCGCAGGAUAUUCUACUUAAACUGCAAAAGGAGCAAAAUUUCAAGGAACUGUCUCAAGAAAGCUCCAUUUUUGUUCUUAAGCUGGGUUUGUCCAAGCUGCAGUGUUGCCUCUUGAUGAAUGGCCUUGUUUUUGAUACUAAUGAGGAUGCUCUUAUAAAUGCUAUGAACGAUGAGCUCCCUAGAAUACAGGAGCAAGUUUACUAUGGGCAUAUAAGUUCACAUACCAAUGUGCUGGAAAAGUUCCUAUCAGAAAGCGGCAUUCAACGCUACAACCCACAGAUUAUUGCAGAUACCAAGGUCAAACCCAGGUUUAUCUCUCUGGCUUCAUCAGUUCUUGGUGGGGAAUCUGUGCUCAAUGAUAUCAGCUACUUGCAUUCUCCUGACACAAUAGAUGAUUUGAAGCCUGUCACUCACCUUCUUGCUGUUGACAUCACGUCAAGGAAAGGGAUGAAAUUGCUUCGUGAAGGAAUACGUUACCUGAUUGGAGGGCCUAAGAGUUCACGCUUAGGAGUGCUAUUUAGUGUCAAUCCAGGUCCUGAUUCACCUAGCCUCCUUUUCGUGAAGGUUUUUGAAAUCACUGCAUCCUCAUAUAGUCAUAAGAAAAAGGUGCUAAAUUUCCUGGAUCAACUGUGCUCAUUUUAUGCAAGUGAGUACAUGCUUGCUUCUUCCAUAGCGGUUGAAGGCACUCAAGCAUUUAUAGAUAAGGUCUGCGAGCUUGCUGAUGCGAAUGGGAUACCAUCUAAGGGCUAUAAAUCCAUUCUCUCUGAAUUUUCAGUUGAUGAAUUCAGAGGUCAUCUGAACAAGGUGGCACAAUUUUUAUACAGGCAACUUGGACUCGAAUCUGGUUCUAAUGCUGUCAUUACUAAUGGAAGAGUUAUGGUUGCUGUUGAUGAGGGCACAAUUUUGAGCCAUGAUCUGCUUCUUUUAGAAUCUGUGGAGUUUAAGCAGAGAAUAAAGUUCAUUUUGGAAAUUAUUGAAGAAGUGAAGUGGCAAGACAUGGAUCCUGACAUGCUAACAAGCAAAUUCAUUAGUGAUGUUAUUAUGUUUGUUUCAUCUGCAAUGGCCACACGAGAUCGAAGUUCUGAAAGUGCUCGUUUUGAGAUUUUGAAUGCAAAAUACAGUGCGGUUCUGUUGAAUAAUGGAAAUUCUAGCAUUCACAUUGAUGCUGUAGUUGAUCCUUUAAGCCCAUCGGGGCAGAAGCUUGCUUCACUUCUUCGGGUUCUAUGGAAAUACAUUCAACCAAGCAUGAGGAUUAUACUUAAUCCAUUGAGUUCUCUGGUGGACAUCCCUUUGAAGAAUUACUACAGAUAUGUAGUUCCAACAAUGGAUGACUUCAGCAGUACAGAUUAUACAAUCAAUGGCCCUAAAGCAUUUUUUGCCAAUAUGCCAUUAUCCAAAACCCUCACUAUGACUGAUGUGCCUGAGCCAUGGCUUGUUGAGCCUGUUAUUGCUGUACAUGACCUGGAUAAUAUUUUGCUUGAGAACCUUGGAGACACAAGGACAUUACAAGCCGUGUUUGAACUUGAGGCUCUUCUUUUAACUGGUCAUUGUUCAGAAAAAGAUCAUGAUCCUCCUAGAGGCCUUCAGUUAAUUCUUGGGACUAAAAGUACACCUCACUUGGUUGAUACCCUUGUGAUGGCCAAUUUGGGUUAUUGGCAAAUGAAAGUCUUUCCUGGGGUUUGGUAUCUACAACUUGCUCCAGGUAGAAGUUCUGAGCUCUACCUUCUGAAGGAAGGUGGUGUUGGAAGUCAGGACUCGCCUUUGUCAAAACGUAUCACUAUAAACGACUUACGAGGUAAACUAGUUCAUUUGGAAGUAGUGAAGAAAAAGGGCAAAGAGCAUGAAAACUUGUUGAUUUCUUCUGAUGAUAACCACUUGCAAGAUGGAAAAAAAGGAAAUCAUGACAGCUGGAACUCCAACCUUUUGAAAUGGGCUUCUGGCUUUAUCAGUGGUGGGGAGCAGUUGAAAAAGAGUGAAAGCACUUCAGUGGGACAUGGAAAAGGUGGAAGACGUGGGAAAACGAUUAAUAUUUUUUCCAUUGCUUCUGGACACUUAUAUGAACGUUUUCUGAAAAUCAUGAUACUAAGUGUCCUGAAGAACAGCAAUCGCCGUAAAUUCUGGUUUAUAAAGAACUAUCUUUCUCCUCAAUUUAAGGAUGUAAUUCCACAUAUGGCACAGGAAUAUGGUUUUGAGUAUGAGUUGAUUACUUACAAAUGGCCAACAUGGUUGCAUAAGCAGAAAGAAAAGCAGCGAAUUAUCUGGGCAUAUAAAAUCCUGUUCCUUGAUGUUAUUUUCCCACUUUCUUUGGAAAAGGUUAUAUUUGUCGAUGCCGAUCAAAUUGUCAGGGCAGACAUGGGAGAACUCUAUGACAUGGAUAUAAAAGGAAGACCACUUGCAUAUACACCUUUCUGUGACAACAACAAAGAUAUGGAUGGAUAUCGAUUUUGGAGACAAGGUUUCUGGAAAGAUCAUUUGAGGGGGAAACCAUAUCACAUCAGUGCUUUAUAUGUUGUUGAUUUGGUGAAAUUCCGAGAAACUGCAGCGGGAGAUAAUCUAAGGGUUUUCUAUGAAACUCUCAGCAAGGAUCCGAACAGUCUAUCAAAUCUUGAUCAGGAUCUUCCAAACUUUGCUCAGCAUACGGUGCCCAUCUUUUCACUUCCCCAAGAGUGGUUAUGGUGUGAAUCAUGGUGCGGAAAUGCUACAAAAUCCAAGGCAAAAACCAUUGAUCUUUGCAACAAUCCCAUGACAAAGGAACCCAAGCUUCAGGGUGCUAGAAGAAUAGUCCCUGAGUGGCAAGAUCUUGACUUCGAGGCAAGACAAUUCACUGCUAAAGUCUCAGGGGAGGUGGACCCCCAAGAGCCAGUCACACCUCCUAAACAAUCACAGGAUCCAAUCACGGACAGUUCACCUGAAGAAGAUGAGCAGGAAUCUAAAUCAGAGUUGUGAUGAAUAUCCACCAUUUUCAGUUCAUUAGAACAUUUUGAUGGGAAACCCAAGGCAUUAUCCCAUAAUAUAAUUUAUCCCAAGAACAUCCUCCAUUUCAACCCUGAAACUGUAUGCUUCAUUAGGGAUUUGCCAGGCACUCCCAACUGUAAGGAAGAAGCAGGCAAUGCAGGAGAAGGAAUUCAUAGGUUGCAGCAGUGGGAAGACUAUCAACUGAGGAGGAGAUCUUGAAGGAUUCUAUAUUAUAUCAUUCUUGAUAUGAACUCUCUGUAACAACUGAUUAUUGAUAAAUAUUGUCUUUUGCCUUGGGGUUAAGAAUCCAUAGGGAGGUUUCAGUAACUGUGAAGAGGUAGGCUGAGAUAUUUUGGAGAUAUAAAAAUUUUGAACUGUUAAUUUAUCUGGAAAUUCUUGCAAAGAAGAAUGCAAGAAAUUUUUGUUAGAUAUUCCACAUUUGAUAGCAAUAAGUAGAAAGUUUUGUACUCAA